AAGCUUGUUAAAUCUUUCCUUUUGUCUUUAAAAAACCUGGUAUGGUCGGGUAUUUCAUCGAUCCGAGAAUUGGGUUGAAUCAAUCGAAUCUGAGCUGAGCUGCAACUGCAAUGGCGGGUGUAUCACUCCAGUGCGGGGAUUGCGGGGCCCUCCUCAAAUCGGUAGAGGAAGCGCAAGAGCACGCCGAGCUCACCAAACACACCAACUUCAGCGAGUCCACAGAGCCCAUUCUCAACCUCGUCUGCACCACCUGCGGAAAACCCUGCCGCUCCAAAACUGAGAGUGAUUUACACACCAAGAGAACUGGGCACAGUGAGUUUCAGGACAAGACUGCAGAAACUCUAAAGCCCAUAAGCCUGGAGGCACCAAAGCCUAAGAUUGAUGAUGAUGGUGAUGAUCAGAUGGGAGAGGCUGGUGAUGGCAGUAGCAGUGGCCAGCAAGAAGAAAUGGUUGUUCCUGAAGUUGACCAAAACUUACUCACUGAACUUGAAGCAAUGGGAUUUUCCAAGGCAAGGGCAACCCGAGCACUCCACUAUUCUGGCAAUGCUAGCCUCGAGGCUGCUGUAAAUUGGGUUGUAGAACAUGAAAGUGACCCAGAUGUGGAUGAAAUGCCUCUGGUUCCUGUCAGUUCCAAGAAAGCUGAGCCCCCAAAGCCUUCUCUCACUCCGGAGGAGAUAAAAAUGAAACAACAAGAGUUGAGGGAGCGUGCUCGCAAAAAGAAAGAAGAUGAAGAAAAACAAAAGGAAAGAGAGAGAGAAAAGGAAAGAAUCCGAAUUGGUAAGGAACUUCUUGAAGCCAAGCGCAUUGAGGAAGAAAAUGAAAGAAAACGUUUGAUAGCCUUGCGUAAGGCAGAGAAAGAGGAAGAGAGAAGAGCAAGGGAAAAAAUUCGUCAAAAGUUAGAAGAGGAUAAGGCAGAAAGACGACGCAAACUUGGUUUGCCUCCUGAAGAUCCUGCUCCAAAACCUUCUGAACCAGUAGUAGAGGAAAAGAAGAGCUCACUGCCUGUCAGACCAGCUACAAAGGCAGAGCAAAUGAGGGAGUGCCUGCGUACACUUAAGCAGAGCCACAAGGAUGACGAGGCUAAAGUGAAGACUGCAUUUAAUACACUACUAACUUUUGCAAAGAAUGUUGCAACAAAUCCAAAUGAGGAGAAGUUCCGGAAAAUUAGACUCAGUAAUCCUGCAAUCCAGGAAAGAGUUGGAAAAUUGAAGGGGGGUGUGGAGUUCCUUGAGCUUCUUGGAUUUGAGAAAAUUGAAGGUGGAGAGUUCUUGUAUCUUCCAAGUGAUAAAGUAGACAUGGCUGUGCUUCACUCUGCUGGGACCGAGUUGAACAGUGCCAUCAAUAACCCCUUCUUUGGAGUCCUUUGAUCCUUACAUUAGCUCUGCUGAAACAUUCUAAACUUUGUCAAACCUAAUAUACAGGAAUAUGUCGAGUUUUCUCUUGGUUUUGAAAAGGUACAUUGGAGGUGGGAAGGGAAAGGAAGGGAUAUGUUCUGGAUAAUUGGAUUUCAUUUUGCCGUUAGACUAUGUUUGGAAACAAUUAUAGUUUUUCUUUAUCAUAUUUGGUUUUAGAAUUAUGCCCCCAAAGGAUCAUUCUCCAAUUGAGAGUGUGGAUAUAUUUGAGGAAGUAUUUUGGGUAAUGUUUUUUUAUUUGUUUCAACAUUU